GUUUUUAUAUUUAUCUAUUUAGGUCCUGUUGCAUUUGCGUACAUUCUGGCAAUGCACUACUGUAAUUGCAGUCUGGAAAAUAUACCCAAGGUGUUCGAGAAUGUUGCCUCUCUGAAGCACAACGGAAGGAAGCUAUUGAGAAAACUGGGAUCUACGGAUUCAGAACAAGAGGAGGUCGUAGGGUCUGGUAUUCUGACUAGAAUCUGCAUCAAUAUUGUCAUCAUCUGUCUACCCUGCUUCUUUCCGCUAGCUCUCAUUCUCUCUCAGCUGCUGGGUAUUUUUGUACCACGCCUUGAGGAUCUAUCUGUACUGCUCUCAGGCAUUGAAGGGUUAAUUGAGAGCGCUCCUCAGCUCUGCCUUCAACUCUAUAUAUUUCAACAGAUUCGGAGCUUUGGAUUGCUUCAGAUAGUUUCUGUAGUCGCAUCAUCAUUCGCAAUAGGAAAAACAGUUGUACAGUACGAUGUUCUGUACAAGGAGGGUUCCACAGAGAGAGAAAUUGGACUGCUCAGGAAGAUCCGGUAUUCAGUUCUGGUGUUCCCGACCUACCUCUCCAGUCUUGUAUUCAGAUCUGGAGUUCUGGUUCUGAUGUUCUCUUAUAUUCCUUAUGCAGGAAUUCUGACUAUUUUUGGGAACAUGAUCAUCAUCGCUGUAGUUGCUGGGAUCCUAAAAUUUCAAAUAAUUGACGUGUUUAUCCUCAUGUCAACAAACGUCUGCAUCAUGUCGAUCGGACCUCUCAAAUCCUCAGGACGUCAGAGCAGGUUCAACUAUUUGUUCUUCUCGUCAAUGGUGAUCUAUAUAAUGAUGGGGGCUCAGCUGAUCUAUCUUCUCAUCCUGGUCAAUACAGAUCCAUUCCAGGACGCUGAUUGGAUAAACCUCUAUCUAACUCACUGUGGGGAUACUUCUAAGUUUAACGUUGUCUGCUGCGUUGUUCUCACCUCCGGGGUUCUUAAUCUACUCCUCAUGUGCAACUCACAGUGGGGUCGUCUUGACAGCUACCUGGAUGACGAGGAUAUACUGGAUAUUGUGAAUACAAUUGGGAACAGAUACAAUUCUGAUGACACGUAUGAUCAAGCGGACACAAAUGCCCAGGACAAGUUUGACAAUGCCUACGCAGAUGGGGACGUUAGCAAGAUGAACCUCCUUCUCACCUUCGACAAGUACAGGAAUAUCGACGUAGAGAAGUUUGAUGUUGACCGAAAAACUAAGAAUUCCAAUGAGGAUUCCAAUAAAGAAACGAGCAUCGAAAAUAUUAUUUCUAAAAGAAACCCUAUUCUUCACCUUUUUCAUUUAAGGAUAUCAAACCCCUUGGGGCUUAAAGUAUUCGAUUUCAGAAGGAAGGCCUUGGUUGCUAAGAGAAAUCAGUUGAAAACCAUGUGGAACCGGAUAUCUGAAGAUGAAUUAACGAAGCCGGAUAAAGAAAAAAAUGAAGUCCUUACCAACAUCAUCGAAGAGAUGAAAGAAAUAAAAGAAACGGAGGAAAGAGAAAAAUUGGACUGGGGGAGAAAGAACAAAAAUGACAAAAAAAAGAAUAUAGAAAAAGAAGAAAAUGACGAAGAUAUGAAAGCAAGAAAAAACUAGUUUCCACAAAUUAAUUCUCAAAGUGAGAAAAAAAUCAAGAAAUUUAAAAGUUGAAUUUUCACAAGUUUUGUGUGUAUGUCUUACUCUUCCAAUACGAAAAUAAAUUUAGAACUGCAAAGAUGUAAAUACAGCAGCAUCUUUUAACUUUUGUAAGCACUUUACAUGUUAACAUGUCCAAUUGUAUAUUUAUAAAAAAAUAUUGUUGAGAAAAUAUAUAGAUAUUCAACUAAAAUAAUCUAGAAUGAAAACAUGAGGUUUUGGUAGAAUAAUAUUUUAUGUAAAAAUGGAAAGAUAAUGUGAUACUUUGUCAAAU